UGAGAGAGAGAGAGAGAGAGAGAGAGAGAGAGAGAGAGAGAGCCACACAACUCGCAUACAAACCUUGUGCUGUCAGAACAAGCAGAGAACUUCAAGGAAGAAUGGCCGAAACCCAGACACUUAACUUUGGACCAGAAUGGCUCCGUGCCCUGUCUGGAGGUGGAGGCAGUGGUGGUAGCGGCGGCGGUGGCGGUGGCGGCGGCGGUGGAAGCAGCGGCAUAGUUGCCUCUCCGCCCCUAUCACCUGCAUUGCCAAAGUAUAAACUCGCAGACUAUCGUUACGGGAGAGAAGAAAUGUUAGCACUUUAUGUAAAGGAUAACAAGAUCCCUAUAGACUUACAUGAUAAGGAGUUCCUGCCCAUAUUGCAAGAGGAGCCCUUGAUGCCUUUGGCACUUGUGUCUUUUACAGAGGAGGAACAGAGAAAUUUUUCCAUGUCUGUAAACAGUGCAGCUGUACUUCGGCUGACAGGGCGAGGAGGUGGUCCAAUAGUAGGGGCACCACGAGGCCGAAGUACCUCAAGGGGUAGAGGCCGGGGAAGAGGAGAUGGAGGGUUUUACCAAAGAAGUUUUGAUGAUGUGGAAGGGUUUGGCCGUGGAGUGAGGGAGAUGCAUCGCUCCCAGAGCUGGGAAGAAAGGGGAGAUAGAAGGUUUGAAAAGCCAGGUCGAAAAGACCCAGGCCUAGAUGGCGUUCCAGGACAUUUUCCGAUGAAUCACAUUCGAAGCAACUACGAGGACGGUGUGACCGGCCUACCGAGGAAGCACGACUUCACGCGUUCAGAGAGUGAGAACUGGCGUACAUCUCGUGAUGAUCAGAACGAUGCACCUCGGUCAGCAGGGUGGCGGGAACACCCAGAUCAGCGUCGCCGUUUCCCAUUUGAUGCAAGAGAAGACGAGCGUGGAUACAGGAGGCCACGGUCAGGCAGUGGCAGCCUGGAGGACGAGAGGGACAGCCUGCCAGAGUGGUGUCUGGAGGACGCAGACGAGGAGGCGGGCACCUUCGACUCUUCAGGGGCCUUUCUCUCACUCAAGAAAGCCUCCAAGGAGCCCAUCCUUGAGGAGGCAGAGCUUGACUUCAGACCCUUGGAAGAGUGUGAAGAGGGUCUGGAGGAAGAAGACAGUCAGCCUAAGGAGACCAAAGAGACAGAAACAGAAGCCAAGAGAGAGGCAGACAGAAAAGAGUUUGCCAGAGUGUCAGAGGAGGCUGCACCUGUUGCUCCCCCAGUCUCAGAGCCUCAGGCUCCUACCAAGACUCUGUCCCCGAGCCAGCCCCGCAGAACAGAAGAGUCUGAGAGGCCAGCUGAACGGCAGCCACCCCUGGAGCUACCACCAGAGCCCUGCAAAGUCCCCCUGCACGUCCCCAUGUCUAACAGCAUGCUUGAGUCCCUACCCAUGACCCACAUCUCUACCACCCUUGCAGAAGUGUCUGCUGCAUCAUCCACCGUCCAGCUACCGCAGCAGAAGCCUGUGGAGGUUCCUGUGGCAAUGAACAACCCGCUGCCCUUCCCUUCAAACAUGAUGGCACCUAUCGGCAGACCCACCACUGUGCCACAUGACACGGAUGAAGAUGAGGGGCUGAAACACUUUGAGCAGGAGGCAGAGAAGAUGGUAGCAUACCUACAGGACGGUGUGGCGGAUGAUGACAGACUUGCAGUAAAGACUUCAGAGAAGCCCAAACCCUCAGGUCUGCCGCUCACCCACGAUGCUGCUCUCAAGUGGUUCUACAAAGACCCCCAAGGGGAGAUACAAGGUCCAUUCAGUAACCAGGAGAUGGCUGAGUGGUUCCAGGCAGGUUACUUUACCAUGUCUCUCUUAGUCAAAAGAGGGUGUGAUGAAGUUUUUCAACCCUUGGGAGAUAUCAUGAAGAUAUGGGGGAGGGUACCGUUCACUCCAGGCCCUGCACCUCCACCUCUACAGGGUAAUCAAGAAAGGUUGAAGAGGCAGCAGGAGCUCACUGCUCUCAACCUUUACCAGUUACAGCAGCUCCAGUAUCAAUACCUCCUCAGGCAGCAGUAUGCUCAGGCCUUGGCCCAGCAGAAAGCUGCAGCCCUCAGCUCAGCUCCUCUUCAGCAGCAACAGCAACAUCAACAGCAGAUCAACCUGCUUCUACAGCAAUACCAGGCUCUGAAGCUAAGAGCAUCUGAGAGCCUUAUACCUCCUGUUACACGUUCCCUUUCUGUACCAGACUCUGGUUCUGUGUGGGAAAUGCAGAACCCGACCUCUCAGGCUUCCUGCACACCAAACCUCCAACAAGCUGUUCCAAGCACGUGGGAUGGCAGCAGUGUAUGGGAUUUACCAAUAGACUCCAUGGCACAGGCUCCAACCAUUGAGCAGAUGCAACAGUUUGAAAAGUCAAAGUCUGCAAAGUUGGAGCUGGAGAGGCGUGAAGCAGAAAUGAGAGCCAAAAGGGAGGAAGAGGAGAGGAAACGGCUGGAAGAGGUCCUGAGGGCUCGACAGGAGGAGGAACGUAAACGCUUGGAGGAAGAGGAGCUGGCACGACAAAAACAGGAGGAGGCAUUGAGGCGACAGAGAGAGCAAGAAGAGGCGCAGCGCCGGCAAAAAGAAGAAGAGGAGCGACUGGCACAGGAGGAGGCUCUCCGCAGAUUAGAGGAGAGGCGGAGAGAAGAGGAGGAGAGAAAGAGACGGGAAGAGUUCCUUCGCAAACAGGAAGAGGAGCGCAGAAAGCAAGAGGAACUUGAAGCAUUAAGGAGGCGUGAGGAGGAGAAGCGAGCAGAGGAAGAGGCAGCAGCUGCUGCAGUGGCAGCUCUUCAGGCCCAGCAACAACAAGAGGAGCAAAAGAGGAGAGAGCAAGAGGCCCAAAGACAGCAGGAGCUGCAGAGACAGAGGCAGCAGCAACAAGAGGCUCUCAGGCGACUUCAGCAGCAGCAGCAGCAGCAGCAGCAGCUUGCACAAAUGAAGCUUCCAUCGUCAUCAAAGUGGGGCCAGCAGUCAAGCAAUGCACUCAGCCAGGCUCAGAACGCCCUGUCAUUGGCUGAGAUCCAGAAACUGGAGGAGGAGCGAGAACGACAGACGCGGGAAGAGCAGCGACGUCAGCAGCAGGAGCUCCUGAAGCUGCAGCAACAACAGGCUCUGCAACAGUCUCAGCAGCCCCAGGCCAAGCUGUCUGGUUGGGGCAAUGUGGCCAAACAGCCAGUUAUUACCAAGUCAUUGCUGGAGAUUCAGAGGGAGGAAGCCCAGCAGAUGAAACAGAGGAAGGAGCAGCCGCAGCAGCCUCAGCCAGUGCAUCAGCCACCGCAACAGCCACACCCCAUCACUCCCCAGCAGACCCGCACGCAGAACAGAACUACAACUCUGAGCAGCUCCGUGUGGGGGUCUGUUAACACCAGCACCUGCUCUAAUUGGGGCUCGGACCCCAGCAGCAUCUGGGGUGACACCCACAACUCUAAUAUGGGUUUCUGGGAUGAGGCUGUGAAGGAGGCCGUCCAGCAGCCUCCCCAACCGAAGAAAAGCAACGCUCAGAAAAACAACAAGGGCAAUGCCAACCUCAGUAACUCUUUGAGUGGGCGAGCCAACAAGAAGGUAGAAGAGGAGGAGAAGCUGCUGAAGUUGUUCCAAGGGGUCAAUAAGAGCCAGCAGGACACCUUCAUGCAGUGGUGUGAGCAAACUCUGCACACGCUCAACACAGCCAACAACCUGGAUGUUCCGACGUUUGCAUCCUUCCUGAAAGAAGUGGACUCUCCAUACGAGGUGCACGAUUAUGUCAGGGCCUAUCUGGGGGACACUCCCGAGGCCAAGGACUUUGCCAAGCAGUUCCUGGAACGUCGUGCCAAACAGAACGCUAACCAACAGAAACCGGCCCCGCAGAACCAACAGCAAGCCCUCAAACAGCCGCAGGAUUCUGUAUGGGGUGGAACAGGAUCUUCAUCGCUCUACCAGUCCAACCAUACAGGUGGCCAGCAGCAGCGCUUUGAAACUGUCACCUCAGGGAAGAAGAAAAAGAAGCAGAAGAUGGUCCGCGCAGACCCGAGCCUUCUUGGUUUUUCUGUGAACGCGGCAUCUGAGAGAUUGAAUAUGGGAGAGAUUGAGACUUUGGAGGACUUUUAAGGGACUGCAGCCAAGCAAACCCCAACUGACUGUAUCCAAUUUGAACAGCAGCUGUUUUACCCAAACCCCUGCCCGGCCCCCUGACUGCUUCCACGUCUUUUCAUCUUUAUUUUUUCGGUUUCCCACUUAUCAGGCAUUCCCUGGUAAUCUCUCAUGAAUUCUAAAUUGUAAACAAACAGUCAUCUCUGAGGCAGGGUUUGUUACCCCUUUGCUAACAGAGCGAUAAUCCUAUUAAAUUCUUUGAGAGAGAGAAAUGGAAACGGGUCAUUGAAACAUCCAACCGUACAAGCAAUCGCCAAAUGAACUUAAGUUUCUGGAGAAAGCCUGCAGAGGCAUUGAUGUCUGUUUGGCAUCAGCUGCUCAGUCCUGAAUCAUGUCCUGUUGUAGAAAUUCACAGUUAUGACCAAAUUCAAAUUUGGCCUACAUCCUAUGGGAUUUUUUUCCGAGUGUGGAUAAAUGGGUGGGGUGGUUGGGGUAUUAUGGGAAAGGUUAUAGAGAUUAUAUCCAUUGAUUUUGUUU